CAACAGCUGUUUUCAGCUGUUUCUGUCUACGGAGGACGACGUUCAAAGGGACUAAAGACAGGGACUACAAAACAGACAGACACCAAGGUCAAAUAGUAUAUCUUGAGCCCAUCCAGGCCCCAUGAUCCAUUACCAUUGAUGAUGGGAUGGACCUGGCCAAUGUUCGGACCUAUGAGGGCCCAGGGGGCCAAACGGACCCUGACCACUAUUUGGAGCCUGACCCACCACCGAGGACGAGGACCGGGUCCAUGGGGUCCAUGGGAUCCGCCGGGUCCCCCGACCACCCAGCUAUUGAGCACCACUGCCUCGAAAUGGAACAGCACGCCCACGCAUUAUGAGGUUUUGGGCUUGUCCAGGGAGGCCACACCCAAGGAGAUCAAAGACGCCUACUUGAAUCUAUCCAAAGCGUAUCAUCCGGAUAUGAAUGCCGCUCUAAAGUCUUCGCCUGAAGGCCCAACCGUCACACCCCUAGAACAGGAGGCCCGGAAUCGGGCGCGCAAUACCCACUUUAUGGCCAUCAACGAAGCUUAUUCCAUCUUGAGCAAGCCCAAAGAUCGACACAUCUAUGAUUUGGGUCUAUAUCGCGAGCAUCCCGUCGGGUCUCAACCCCACCAGGCCUCAGGCCCAUAUCGAACCAUGUAUCGAGAACCCAUGAGCUUUGACGAACGAGCGGAACUUUUCGGUUUCAAGACGCCUGAUCCCAAUUUUUACCGAUCCUCGCGUAUGAACUACAUGGUGGCUUUUGGUUGCAUCUGCUUUGCUGUGGCCGGAUAUCUGAUUCACAUGAACAUUGCCCGGAUGGUUUACGACAAGCACAACCUAGAGAUGGAAAAGACGAACCAGAAACUGUGGCAAGAGAUGGAUGAUUUCGACAAGGCCCGUCUGGAGUUCACGGCCAAAUAUCCAACCCGAGAGGAGUCCAGAAAAGAGUUGAUGCGACGAUUCGCAGACUACGAAACGACCACAAUUAAUCGCGCUCGAUCCUAGAAAAAGUCGAUUUCAUGCAAACGGCGUCAAAUUCAUGCAGAGAGGAGAUAUUAAAACGUAUGUUCAAAACAAGUUAA